GCUGUCCAGUGCCUGCCCAGCCGCCACUGGUCUGGGAUGGCGUACUGCCGACAAAUCCGGUGCCACGUGCUGCCGGCAGUGCUGCGGGGCUCCUACGUGUGCUCAGCCGGCGUGCAGAUGGAUUCCCGCUGCGACUACACCUGCCUGCCUGGCUACCAGCUGGAGGGUGACCGGAGCCGCAUCUGCAUGGAGGACGGGCACUGGAGCGGGAGCGAGCCAAUCUGUGCCACCGUCUACUGGGGCCCUCCGCGUGUGAAGGAUUCUGCUGAUGGCAUCAUCAAGAGGGUGAUGCUGCGGGGCCCAGAGCCCGGCUCCGAAUUCCCCGAAGGAGAACACGUGAUCCACUACACUGCCCAUGACCAGGCGUACAACCGAGCCAGCUGCAAGUUCAGCAUCCGUGUCCAAGUGAGGCGCUGCCCCAUCCUGAAGCCUCCGCAGAACGGCUACCUCUCCUGCACCUCCGACGGCAACAACUAUGGUGCCACUUGCGAGUAUCUGUGCGACGGGGGCUAUGAGCGCCAGGGCACCUCCCUGCGGGUCUGCCAGUCCACCCAGCAGUGGACGGGCUCCCAGCCCCUUUGCGCACCCAUGCAGAUCAACACAGACGUGAAUUCAGCCACCAGCCUGCUGGAUCAGUUCCACGAGAAACGCCGCCUGCUCAUCAUCUCGGCCCCCGACCCCUCUAACCGCUACUACAAGUUGCAGAUCUCCAUGCUGCAGCAAGCUGCCUGCGGGCUGGACCUGCGUCACGUCACCACCAUUGAGCUGGUGGGGCAGCCCCCGCAUGAGGUGGGACGCAUCCGGGAGCACUCACUGUCCCUCGGCAUCAUUGAGGAGCUCAG